AAAAAAGAGACGUUGAGAGAAAAUGGGCCUUGGAUAUCUCUCCAUUCAAGACACUAUAUAAAGCAGCAGAUGCAUAGUUAAAAUCUCAGAAAACCAAAAAAAAAAAAAAAAAAAAAAAAAAAAAAACAAAAUAAAUAUAAUAUAUUAAAUAAUGGGUUCAUAUUUCGGAAUUUCGACGAUUUUGGUUCUAUGUUUGCUGGGAUUUUCGGCCAAUGCUGAGGUGUUCAACGUUCCUGGGUCUCCAGGAUCUGAUAUUACUCCGGCACUUCUGAAAGCAUUCACAUCGGCAUGCCAAGCUCCGACACCGAGCAAGGUGGUGAUCCCAAAAGGUGAGUUCAAGCUUGGCGAGAUCGCGAUGACGGGUCCAUGCAAGGCUCCAGUGGAGGUGACCCUGCAAGGCACAGUCAAAGCUGACGGUGGCUCUAUCGCUGGAAAGGAUAGAUGGGUCGUCUUCGAGAAAAUUAAUGGGUUUAAGUUGAACGGAGGUGGAACAUUUGACGGUGAAGGCAAUGCAGCUUGGAGGGAAAAUAACUGCCACAAGACCUUCCAGUGCAAGAAACUUCCCAUCAGUGUAAGGUUUGAUUUCGUGGAUAACGCUGACAUAAGAGACAUAACCUCAAUAGAUGCCAAGAACUUCCACAUAAACGUGAUCAGCGGCAAGAACAUGACCUUUGAUAACAUCAAGAUCAUCGCUCCAGACCACAGCCCCAACACUGACGGUAUCCAUUUGGGAAGAUGUGACGGAGUCAAGAUCCUCAACACCAAGAUCGCGACCGGAGAUGACUGCAUCUCGGUGGGAGAUGGGAUGAAGAAUCUUCUUAUUGAGAAAGUCGUGUGCGGUCCAGGACACGGAAUCAGCGUGGGAAGCCUUGGCAAUUACGUCUGGGAGGAAGACGUGACCGGCAUUACCGUCAAGAACUGCACCAUCCAGGGGACUGACAACGGGGUCAGGAUCAAGACAUGGCCAUCUUCAAAGUGCACCACCACCGCCUCUGGAAUUCAUUUUGAGGAUAUCAUCCUUAACAACGUUAGCAACCCAAUCAUCAUCGACCAGGAGUACUGCCCGUGGAACCAAUGCAACAAGCAGAAACCAUCAUCCAUUAAGCUGGUGGACAUUCGCUUCAAGAACAUCAGAGGAACAUCAGGGAACAAGGACGCUGUGAAGCUUUUGUGCAGCAAGGGAUUUCCGUGCCAGAACGUUGAGAUUGGAAACAUUGAUAUUACGUACUCUGGAGCCGAUGGUCCAGCCACUUUCCAGUGCUCCAACGUUGUGCCUAAGCUUGUCGGAACCCAGAACCCAAAGGCUUGUACCGGACCCGUGGUCAAGGCACCCGGCUCCGCCUAAGUAUAAUCUAGAAGCUCUCAUCCAAUUUUGUUUUUUCCCUUCUUUGCAAUUAAGGGACACUUAUAAAAACUAUAAAAUUUAAAUGUUUCUCUUUGAUGCCAACACAUAUAUAGAUAUGUGUGUGCGCAUGAUAAUGUAAUAAUACUAAAAGAUUUAUAAAUAUCUUCUCCUUACCGUGUUUUCGUUUUUAAUUUCUUAUCUUUCAAAUUUGCAUGGACUUCCAAACCAAAACCAAAAUCAAAAUUAAUAUGCAAUAAUUAAAUAAGC